AUGCUUAUCGGCUUGUGUGGAGGGAUCUGUGCUGGCAAACAUGCCAUUGCCGAGUACCUGAUCCAGCAAGGGUUUCAACUUCUCGAACUCGCCGACAAAUCCCAAUCCCACAUCGCCGAGUCGGGGGAUGACCUGCGACUGCAAGCGUCGGAGAUCAGAAAAAAGAUGACCCGAAAUCGCCAGAGCUUACAUUUCAAGAUGCCGACUCUUUACUUGACUUUGCGACGAAGAGAUGGCAAGAACGCUGGGUUACCACAGAUAUUGCAGAUGCCACAACCCUAG